AUGAGCUCCCAGAUGGGAUUCGUCAUCGUACUCGGCAAUGAAGUCACCUCAAGCGACACAAACUUCGGGAUACGUGGCAACAUCGUCCACUGGUCCUCAGUCAAAUGCAAGCGGAUCACCAGGAGCGUCCUCGCCUCCGAGAUCUACGCGAUGGCGCACGGCGUAGAUAUCGCAGUCGCGAUCGGCGGCACCAUUGAUAUGGUCAUGGAACGACUCAACUUACCUAAGGUCCCCAUCGUGGUAUGCACCGACUCGCGAUCGCUAUACGAUUGCCUUGUCAAGCUCGGCACCACCAAGGAGAAACGCCUUAUGAUUGACAUCAUGGCAAUGCGCGAAGCCUACGAGCGCAGCGAACUCAUGGAUAUCAGAUGGAUCGACGGUCGCGACAACCCAGCAGACUCUAUGACAAAGGCAGGUUGCAACGCCGCGAUAGAGAACCUCAUCAACUCUAACGAGCUCAACCUCCGAGUGCAAGGGUGGGUCAACCGUGAUCGCAACACCAAGCCCACGACCGAGAGCACCGAGCUCAGCAACCUUGAAGGCACCAAGUAG